AGAAACGGGACCAAAAUAUCUGGUAAGAUUGUAGUUUUGAACCGUAGAGAGGCACUUUCAGCAUCUAGUUCACCACAUCUGUUCUUAAGUAAAGGUAAUUUAAAGGUACUUUAAUUUACCUUUAAAUUAAAGGUAAAUUAAACAGGGCAAUACAAAGUGCAUAAAAAGUGAUGAUGAGGCAUUUUUCUGAUAAAAACAAAACCUGCAGACGUAGUGAGAAAUUAAACUUUCCAGGAAGUGGUUAAGUGCCAUGAAACCAUGUUCAGCUGAGCGUCGUCUCGUUUAGAGACAGAACCGCCUGCCUGGUCCAUUAGCGUCAGAUGGAGGGAAAUGCAGCUGAAUGAGAGACGAACUGGUUCUGCAGAAACAGGAACCGCUCUAAAUGGACUGCAGUGUUUCUGAGAGAACCUGGCCAGUGCCACACCCUGAAACUCAGCUGGUUUUGGUUGAGGGCGAGGCCAAACAUAAAUAAAUAAGACCUGUUCUACAGAGGUUAAUAUAUGAAAACACCAACAUGAAGUGAUCAGGAUGAGAACAGAAACAGAUUGAAAAAGAUUCAUUUGAGACGUUAAAGACCAAAAAGCACCUCAGAGCAGGUUAUUCAUAAAGCAGAAAAAGAGGAAGCACAUGUGAGGACGAACCGAGUCUGAACUCCCGGUUUGGGUCUCAGCUGGUGCCUGAACAACGAUGGCAACAGCUAAAGAGGAUCUGUGGAAAACCCUGGAGAACCUGACAGGCGACCAGUUCAAGAAGUUCAAGUGGCUGCUUCAGGAUGAUGGGAAUGCCAUCCCGGUGUCCCGGCUGGAGAAGGCGGACCGGACAGACACGGUGGACCUGAUGGUCCAAAAGUACGGCGAGGCCGAGGCGGUGAGGAGAUCGCUGCAGGUUUUAGAGAAGAUCAGCAGGAAUGAUCUGGUGCAACGUCUGUCAAACACAAGACCGGCGCAAAGAGGGGAGUUCGAAAACGGCCUGGCUGCUGUUCCCUCCCAAUGUGAAAGUGAAAGACAGAAGUCCAGACUGAAGGAAAUGAAGUCGGAAACGAGGCUGAAAAUAAAAGAGAGAAAGAUGAAGAUCUGUGAGAUCCAACGUUCAGCAGAGCUGAGCAGGAAGUCCGCCGAGCGACAGACUGCAGAGAGUCAGCAGACUUUCAAAGUUUUAAUCCGGUCUGUCGAGGAAAGUCUGUCCCAUCUCACCAAAGCCGUUGAGGAGAAGCAGCAGACUUUCCAAACGCAAGCAGAGCAGCUCAUCAGAAAGCUGGAGGAGGAAAUUUCAGAGCUGACGAAGAGCGAGGAGGAGCUGGAUCGUCUUCUCCUUACGGAUACCAACCUGCAGUUCCCCCAGGAUGUGAAAACCUCCGACCUCACAGAGUUCUCCGUUCAUCAGCCGUCCUACGGUGAAACCGUCAUGGCCUCCGUGGACAAGCUGAAGGAAAUGCUUGACGGAGAGAUGAAGAGGCUCCUCAGCAAGGCCAAGCUGAUCCGAAUGCAGCAGUUUGCGGUCGAUGUGACUCUGGAUCCGGACACGGCGCAUCCCAACCUGGUUUUGUCUCCAGACGGGAAGCAGGUCCACUGUGGCGGCGUGAAGCAGAAUCUCCCCGAUAACCCGGAGCGCUUCGACACUGCGGCCAACGUUUUGGGCAGGCAGAGUUUCUCCUCUGGGAGAGUUUACUUCGAGGCUGAGGUGAGAGGAAAAACGGCCUGGGACGUCGGCGUCGUCUACGGGUCGAUUGGCAGGAAGGGGUCGAUCUCGUCGAGCUCCGCCAGUGGCCUCUGGGCCGUCGGGUUACGAAGUGGAGAUACGAUCAAGGCGGCCGGUUUGAACCUGGAUGUAAAAACUCCAUUGGACAAUGUUGGUGUUUUUGUGGAUUACAAGGUGGGCUCCAUCAUUUUCUACAACGUUGAAUCUGCAGAACAGAUCCACCGGUGCUCAGACUGCUCCUUCACGGAGAAACUUUAUCCGUUCUUCAGUCCCGGCGUUUAUCACGGCGGCUUGAACGCCAAACCUCUGGUCAUCUCCCAAAGUCACUGCCGUCCAACUCCAUGGACUGAAACCGUUACAACGUUGGCGGACAGAAACAUUCAGCUGUAUUUAAACAGACGGGUUGGACUGAGAUGGUUCCCCAAAAGUGAGAGCAUGGAAAGACUUUCUGUGGAGCUCCUGAAUACUCUGAAGAACUUGAAACAGGAUGACUUUAAUCAAUUUAAAUGGUUUCUGAAGCAGGAUAACAUCUUGAAAGGUCAAAAAGGGAUCUCAGAAGAUGAGCUGGAGGGGGCAGAAAGAUGGCAGACGGUUGAUCUGAUGCUACGCCAAUACAAAGGCCCUGGAGCUAAGCAGGUGGCAAUCAAUAUUUUACAGAAGAUUGGACAGAACAACCUGGUGGAUCAGUUAGAAAAAUUCUGCGAAGAACAACAAGAUCUCAACCCUCAGCAUCUACGUUUUAUGACAGAAGGCAUUGGAGAAAAGGAAGCCGAGUUGGAAAAACUCCGUGAGUUUGCAGUGGACGUAACCUUGGAUCCGGAUACGGCGCAUCGCGAUCUUGUCCUCUCCAGUGAUGGGAAACAAGUUUAUGACACUAAUGUGACCAAAGAUCUCCCAAUGACCUCCCAGAGAUUUGACACAUGUGCCAGCGUAGUAGGAAAGGAGACAUUUUCCUCAGGAAAGUUCUACAUUGAGGUUCAGGUUGAAGGGAAGACUGAUUGGUCUGUUGGGAUGGCCCGUGAGUCCAUCAACCGGAAAGGGAAAAUCUGCCUCAGCCCCGACAAUGGCUUCUGGACUAUAUGGUUAAAAGACAAGGUUUAUGAAGCUUUGGCAAAGCCUUCAGUCGUACUCCCUCUAAAGUCCCGUCUUCAGAAGGUGGGAAUCUUUGUAGAUUAUGACAAGGGUCUCGUCUCCUUCUAUAAUGUAGAUACAGUAGAUCUGAUCUAUUCAUACAAAAAAUGCUCCUUCAAAAAAAAUCUCCUGCUGUAUAUUAAUACAAGUAGUAACUGCAAUGGCCGUAACUCUGCUCCGAUGAUUAUCACUCCUGUAGUUGACAAGAUAAACAAAGCAAAACUGAGGAGCAUCAAGGAGUUUGCAUUUGAGGUGAUUCUAGAUCCAGAUACGGCACAUCCAGAACUAGUUUUAUCAGACAGUGGGAAACGGGUCCAUCAUGUAGAUGUGAGGAAAGACGUUCCAGACAAUCCAGAGAGAUUCAGUGACCAUGUCAGUGUUUUAGGAAAAAGUUUCUACCAUCAAAGAUUCUACUUUGAGGUCCUGGUUAAAGGAAAGACCGACUGGACCAUAGGAGUCGCCACUGAGUCGAUUGAAAGGAAGGGAGAACUCACACUGCAACCAGAAAGUGGUUUCUGGACAAUCUGUCUAAGGAACGGGGAAGAAUACGAAGCAUUUGAUAAACCAAUAGUCCGUUUAACUAGAAGAUUAAAUCCAGAGAGGGUGGGAAUAUUUGUUGAUUAUGAUGGAGGUCUGGUCUCCUUUUAUAACGUAGAUACUGCUGAUCUUCUCUACUCCUUUACUGGUUGCUGCUUCGCGGAGAAACUUUUGCCUUUCUUUAGUCCCUGUACUAAUAUUGGAGGUACAAAUUCUGCUCCUCUGAUUAUUUCUCCUGUCAGUCUCUUUGAUUAGAUCAAUCAUAUCGUCAUUUGGAAGAGGUAGAGACAGCCUGUGUACAUCCUAAUGCGUCACCAGUCCAUCUCAGAGACACACAGGACAACCAACCAUGCCCUAACAGUCUCAGACCUGAGGUAGACUGAGGGUACAUUCACACCAACCCUGGUUAGCCCACUUUGAAACAGAAAGUCCAGUUCAGUGAGAACACACAAUCAAAUUCUGACGUGGACCAAAACAACAAACUCUGGAUCGCCUACAAACCUAGGUCUUGGAUUGGUUGAAGUAGAAUCUGGCAUGGUUCGAAUGGAUAUGUGAACGCUAAGCGGACCAGAGACAGAAAGCAAACUAUAGCAAUCUGGGUAAAUACAACCACAACAAACACACGUCUACUUCCAGAAGGAGAAAUGGCUCCUGGUCUUUUACCAAAGAAGAGAGAAAUUCUACAACCACUAAAAACUGUUGCCACUCCAUUUUUGUUUACGAAGGAAGUUGUGCUUCCUUCUUCAAAUGUGUCGUUUCCUUCAGUGGCUCUUGGUGCAGCACCACCACAGCCAAGAGGUCAACAGUUUGCUCAAAGGGUUUGCUCCAUUUCCAGUGUGAAAGAGAACAGCUAAAACAAUUUAACAAAUGUUGCAAUUUUCCACAAGACUACAAGAAACAUCACACUGGAACUCAAACAACCAGAUUCCAACAGAUUCUGGGACCUUAAAUUGAAGGUUUUGUCUUAAAUUUGGGCGUUAAACCACUGGGGAGGAGUCCAGUCCUUUUUCUCUCUGGACCAGGCAGGACGCCUUUGAAGCUGUCCUGGGUGAAGAGGGUCGACUAAAGGAAUGCGACCGUGGUAGCCUGGAUAUGUCUUGUAGCAGGUAGCAGGAAUCUCUGCCGUUUGUGCAUCUUUUUUCUUCCACUCAACGUCCCACGAAUACGCUCAAGUUCUUGUUUCUGUUUUUACUAGUUUGUUUCUAUCCAAUAAAACUUUGGGUUUCAUUUGAAGUUACAGAAAAGAAAAUGUAAAAUAUGUGUAAUGACUCUAUAAGUUGCCAUUUUUGAGCAGAAUUACUGAAAAAAGUACAUGUAUUGAAAUGCAUCUGUAUUCUUGCACCAUUUAUGUUUUAUUUUGAAGAGUGCACCAGUUCAUACUGUCCUAAAUUUCACAGGUUUUGUAAACCGUUUCCGUUAUUUUCAGUCCUGGUCUUAUAUGAAUUUUGUUUCUUUCCAGCUUGAGACUUUCUUCCACUUUCAGCCCCUGUCGUUCCUGUGUUUGUUGCUCUGCGAUAUGCUCUGGUUUGUGACUCAACGUCAUGUUUACAGACAAGUAAAUCAUUGCACUGGCUUAUUUGGUGCUCCAAGUACUGCAGCAGUUAAAUGACUUAGUUCAUUAAAGUUUGAAAUGUUGACCAAGACUUUUAAACAAAUCAAAAUAAAAUGCAAUUCUUAGAA